AUUUUCUCACCCGAGGUCACCGCUUUAGGGGGUGGGAGCGGAAAAAAUCCCAACUUCAAAAAUAAGGACCACCCUAAUGUAGAGUGAAGGAGAUCAGAAUCUUUUUUUGGGGGGGAGUUUCAACUCCCCUCCCCCCCCCUUCAUCUCAUUCCUACCGAUUCCAUUUGCAUGAUGUUAAGUGAGGAAGAGAGGAGGGCUUGAAGCCUGGGUCAAGUUAAAAUUGAUUCAUCAACUUGAUACUUUCGGGAUUUAAUUUUUCAUCUGAGAAUAAACGCUUGAAAUUCGAAUUCUCUUCUUGAUCCGAGAAAUGCCAAAACGGUAAUUUUUCAUCAUAAUUAUUGUGGUGUUUGUCGAGUUGUUUUUAUUAAACCUUUCCGCAGGAAGGCCCUUUUUUGUGAAAAUAUUCCAUAGGAGGAUACUGACUCAUUAAUUAUCGAUACCGCGUCAGUCGAAUCACGAUCGGGGGGUGUAAAAUUCUAUUAAACUGAUACAUAACAAAUUACUUCUGAUGUCAUUACUAUGAAAUAUUCCGAUAUCAUUUUGUCAUGUGAAUUGCCAGUGAAAUGAUGAAUCUGUAACGAUCGGAAUACCUAUCAUAAAAAAUGUAAACGUUUACAAUAGGUCAAUUUUUAAAUUGUUGUAAUUUUCAAGGAUUUAUUUUUGAUUUAUUUAUUUAUUUAUUUAUUUUAUUUUUUUGGUAAAAUUUUGUAAUUAAUGUACGAUUAAAUAUGAGCUCGUCGGAGGUUUUGAGACACAACCGUUCGGGUUUGUUGAGUGCGGAAGAUAACGAGUUGAUUUUCAAACUAGUAGGUCAAGCUUGUCAGACUUUAUCCACGACUGUAAUAGAAUUACAUCGUAACCUGGGUCCGAAAGGAGAAGGUGACUGGUCGAAGGAAGAAGUCGGUGUUUUGUGCCUGGUUCGAGAUCUGAUCAAGAAAUGUCAUUUCUUUCGAAUAUUUUGCCUGAUUCGUAAACGAAAGGUUUGGGAGUAUGUGAUUCAUAAUCGAAUGCGGUAUUCUACUCCGGAUCCUUUUCUUCAUUUUUUUCAAGUUGAGGAUUGUACGUACGCUUUUUACUUCGUUAGCGAACAAGAGGCAGCUCAAAUGCAUGAGAUUUUAGUCCAAGUGUUGGAUAAUUACGAUCGAAAACCGAACGUGACAGAAUACGAUAAAAUUCACGAGAUAAAUCCGCUCGUAGAAAGUCCUUCAAAAUCUACUUUGAAAUUGAACGGUAAUGGAGGCAAUCGUGAAAACGUCGGUCGCCGUUUGCUUAAUUUUGGUAAACAGUUUCGUCGAUUCAAGAUGUUUUCGAAAAAAGACGACGAAGAGAAGAGGAAAAAAGCGCCAAAAUUCGAUAUCUCUCCGCCUCGAGAUUUCAAACACGUUUCUCACAUCUGCGAUUUCAAAGAAAGGAUGAGUCAAAUCAAAACUGGCGAUAUGUGGAACGAUAAAAUGUCGUUGAUGAAUCCGUUAUCGACAUCGACGUCGACGUCGAUAUCGUCUCGCACAAUUGGUCACGAUACGAGUAUUGCGCCUCCUCUACCGGAAAAAAAAUCACCUCGGUUUGAUCAUCGAGUACUGGCUGCGGAUGCUGCGAAAUUCGACUUCGGUAAUAAAAAAAAUAACUAUCUUCAUGCUAGCCAAGCUUCAGAUACCGCACCUCCUCUUCCUGAGAAAAAAUCGCCUCGUCCGGCUCGUCGUGAACCUGCUCCGAUGCAAUACCAGUUCAACGCAUCUUUCAAACCUUCUUCGCCUACUUCUAAAACCGCUCCUCAACAAUCGCCAACGUAUCGAUCUCUAGACGAAGAUGGUAAUCCAUUCAACAGACCUAGUAUUUCGGCAGCCAACACGUCUCAUCGUGUUUCUACCUCGACUUCGAUAUGUUUCGGCAACGAUAGGAUGCAAUGUGACUUUACAGCGACCCUAUCGCCUUCUAAUGCGUUGAAAAAUUCACCUCGUUUGGCUCGCGACUCGUCCAGAUUCAAGUUCCCCGGCGAAGAUAAUUUUCGAUCUGAGGAGUUGCCCGAUUGGGCGGAAAAUACGACUAAAUCGUCUCGACUGAAUCGUCAGUACUCGAUUCCGAAACCGUACAGUGUCGAUUCCGGACAUUACAAUAUUAUCGAAGCGGCCAGACGUUCUGUGGUGAAUGAUUCGGUAUGUCCUCCUAUUUCUAGUCCGUCGUACUCGUCGUCGAAUGAGAAAAACACUCAUCGGCGUGCUUCGGAGUUUCCUCUGUAUCAGAAUUUCAUCGACGAAUCCAUCAACUCUCCUCACGUUUUUCUGGUUGAAAACAAGUUACCGAAGAAGUACGAGUACAGGAAUCAUGUGACUCGAUCGCCCCCUCCGCCGUAUAUUGUUUCGGCCGAAUUGAAACCAUCGGCUGGGUUGAUCGAGAAAUCGUAUCUGAAUUGUUCUUCGAAUGAUGUAUCGGCAUCGACGUACGAGACUUUACCACCUCCUCGUCCGGUUACGAAAAACAAUUCGCAUAAAUCCGAACCUGCUACAACGCAAUGCGUUUAUGAUGUGGUUACAGCUCCUCCUAGACCGAUCAUUGCUCCUCCGCCGGCGUUGGAUGCUUCUUCGUGCAACAAGGUGGAGGAACAGACGUCGUCUAAUUUGAAUAGUCGAACGAAUACAACUUCGGUUAACUAUCGGUCGCAAACGUGUGCUGCUGAAAAUGUUCGAAAAAUGGAGCCGAAGCCGUAUGCAAUGAACACUCCCACGACUGCUCAUCAGUAUCUGCCUUCAUCUUGUUCAACUGUUCCAUCGAAUCGAUUUCCUGAUCCAAAGAACACUCCCACAACUGCUCAUCAGUACCUGCCUUCAAUUUGUUCAAUUGUUCCAUCAAAUCGAUUUCCUGAUGCAAAGAACACUCCUUCGACUGCUCAUCAGUAUCUACCUUCAACUUGUUCAACCGUUCCAUCGAAUCGAUUUCCUGAUACAAAGAAUUCUCCCACGACUGCUCAUCAGUAUCUGCCUUCAACUUGUUCAACCGUUUCAUCAAAUCGAUUUCCUGAUACAAAGAACUCUCCCACGACUGCUCAUCAGUAUCUGCCUUCAGCGUGUUCAACUGUUCCAUCAAAUCGAUUUCCCGAUGCAAUGAACACUCCCACGACUGCUCAUCAGUAUCUGCCUUCAACUUGUCCGACUGUUCCAUCAAAUAGAUUUCAUGGACAUCGUGCUCUUCCGGUUUCUUUAAUCGCUGAUAUCAACAGAGGAGUUAAAUUGAAACCCGUUGAAAGGAAAUGAGAAUUGGAAGAAAUUUUCUCUGCGAACGAUUUGUCAUAGGUAUUGGGAAGUUGAUUUGAAUUUAUUUCUGAAAGCAGUGAAAGCUGAUUCAACUGUAGUGACGUUCUGUAAUCUCUGGUCUUCCAAUUUAUAAUUAUUACGUAUUUUUGUAUGUAAUCGUCACCAAUUUGAACUAUGACUGAACGUGAGUCAACUUGCGUGGAUGGUGAAUAAGGUCGACGGAAUGAAGUCGUCAAUGUUUAUGUAUCAGGUAAAAGACAGAUUAAAUGAUUAAUUCGACGUGAAAUGAAUCGUUAUAAUAUAUUUUGUCUAAUUGAUUUGUAAAUGAAUAAAAACGAUUGUUUUGGGCCUA